UGUGUAUUGGUAUACAUGAUAACAUUGGUAAACAUCAAAAACACGUGAUUAUACCUUUAUAAAAGCUGAUAACCUCAACAGUGGAAAUUACUCUAACCAACAAAAAUGGCUACUUCACUGAAAGGACCCAAUACUCAAGUAUCAGAAAUAACACUGACGAGACGUACCAACGCUUUAUCUCAUCUUUUCAAGCUUUCUGUUGUAUCUAUUGCUGUUUCCUUUGUAUCUAUGGUGCUAGGAAUAGUGAUACUGAUCCUCUCUGGUGGAGCUGACUUCCCCGUUAUAGCAGGGGCUCCUUUAUGGGCGGGAGCAGUGUUUUCAGUGACUAGCAUAUUAGGUCUUCUGGCAUCAAAAGAAGAUGUGCGUUAUGGGUUUAUACCACCUCCAAAGACACGAUGCUUGCUGAUGUCCCACUACAUCGUCUGUAUCACAUGCUUUAGUGUAUGUGGAAUAUGCUUCGGUUACUCAAUAGGAAGUGUUACUAUGUGUACUUCAUCAAAAGAAAAUUGCGGCACCAACGCUGACCAAGAGGUCAUCCUUAACUUCAUCGCUAUUUUCAUCGCCCUUCUCAUGGUCAUAUGUGUUUUCCUAGGAUCUAUAUUUUUCUGUGUCUAUAAAAAGGCAUUUGGACUUUACAGUCCGAGAGAGAUGCUUUUUCAAAGCAGAAUCGCUGAUUUAGAGAGCAGGAUUCGUACCAUGGAAAACCAGAACUACCAACAACAACCCCAGGAGGGCUUUGGAGGUCAAUACAGCUACAAUAGCUUCUCUACCCCUACCGCUCCUCCGCCAGCUUAUUCCAAGUGAAGACUGAAAAC